GCUAGCGCUACACAACGUUAACAUUCCUACACAGCGGAACGAAUGAAGUGAGUGUUUAUGCCUUUGUCCAGGCUUUGAACUUAAAACAGAGUACAGGCUGAAAUUCCCGUGUUGGCCAUGGGGCAGUGUAGUAUAACUUCCUCAAAGACGGUCUUGGUCUUUCUGAACCUCAUAUUUUGGGCGGCUGCUGGUAUCCUCUGCUACGCCGGAGCAUACGUGUUCAUCACGUACGAUGACUACGAUCACUUCUUCGAAGAUGUGUACACGCUGGUCCCCGCUGUCGUCAUCAUCGCGGCUGGAGCGCUCCUCUUCAUCAUCGGCCUCAUCGGAUGCUGUGCCACCGUGAGAGAGAGCCACUGCGGACUCAGGACGUUUGUCAUCAUUCUGCUGCUGGUUUUCAUGACCGAAGUGGCUGUUGUGGUUCUCGGAUAUAUUUACAGAGCAAAGGUUGAAGAUGACGUGAAUGGUUCCAUCCAGAAAGUAUACGACGAGUACAACGGCACCAACAGCAACGCGCAAAGUCGCGCCAUUGACUACCUUCAGAGACAGCUCCAGUGCUGCGGCAUCCACAAUUAUUCCGACUGGCAGUACACACGCUGGUUUGAAGCAUCCAAGAACAACAGUGUGCCCGUUAGCUGUUGUAACACAAAAGUUGGUGGACUCUGCACAGGGUCUCUCGCUCGUCCUGAAGAACUCUACCAAGAAGGCUGUGAGGCUCUGGUUGUGAAGAGGUUAAAGGAAAUUAUGAUGUAUGUCAUCUGGACUGCACUGACUUUUGCUGGCAUCCAGAUUCUGGGGAUGUUGUCGGCGUGCGUCGUGCUGUGUCGCAGAAGAAAUGAUCCCGCCUACCAGCUCCUCAUCACAGGAGGCACCUACGCUUAAGUCUUUACCCGCUCAGACUCAUUGCUGAAUCCAAUAGCACACUAACCUUAAGACACUGAAGCUGCAUGCUUUUCCCCCCUGCAAAGCUGUAGUCCAAAUUCUUCCAACGGUUGCUGAGAAUGAAUGAUUGACCUUUGGAAGCAAACCAAACUGUACUGUAUGGAGAAAGAUGCGCACAGGGUGAUUUUCUUUUUCAUUUGCACUACGCGUGUCAGACUGUUAGAACAUAUAUGUAAAGAUGUAGUGAAUUUUAGAACUUGUACUCCUAAUAUUCUACUCUCUGUUUUUGGUUGAAGGCUAUUUUGCGAUCCUCAUUAUCUCCGUACAUAAGUGCUUUGCACUAAUUGUAGUGUUAGAAUUUUAGUCGAUUUGUGGUGACUGACUCCUAAGAAUGUAUGAAGAAGUUGUCAGGGAGUGCAGUGACUGGUUAUGGAGUUAUUGUUUCAGAAAUUCAAGCGAAAUUAGUGCAACAAAUUAUGCCUUAGACUUUCACAGGAGGACAGCUGGCAUUUUUACAACAAAGGUUGGGAUACUUUGCAUUAGGAAGGCCUUGCUAGAUUAAAGAUAUUUUGAACAUGGUAUUUACAAAUUUAAUACAUGUAAGAAAUAAACACAUUAUUUGCAAAUAA